AUGGCAGCCUAUUGCAAUGCAUACACGGUGAACACUGGUGUUGCAGAUACUAGUGGGCAUUUUGAAUCGACCUCAGCACUAUGCUUACCCCUUACGGAACACGCUUCUUCCAAGAACUCCAUCGAAGCAAUUCACGAUCUGCAUUAUGCAAUGUUUCGGUGGAAGAUCGACUUUUCAAUGCGCUCCAAUAAUAAUCGGGGUGACUCGGAAAUGAUGCUGCCUUCAGUUUCCGGUGGCCCUGCCAAGACGAGAAAUGAAGAUAAGACAUUUGGGGACGAAGCCGACUGGCCUGGCCUGAGACGCAGAAGAUGA